AUGUUGGAUGUUUUGACAAAACUUCCGGAACAUUUUGGAAUUAAAAAGAAUGGGAAAAGCUCAGACUCUGACGCGCUGGAAAAACUUUGCGCUGAUCUUAUUUCAUCCUCUCCUGCGAAAAUGAUCCAAGUCAUUUGCUCUCUGAAGAAUAUUCUUGCCGACUCGACAUUGAUCUUUCCAGUUUUAUCCGACUUCGUUGGCUUCUGCUCAUCAUACGAAGUCCUUGAAAGAAUAGCUCUAAAUGAGGAAGCUUUCAAGGGCACGAAAAUCGUCAUUUGCCAAAACGAGAUUCCUGUGAGUACGACCAAAAGAGCUCUACAACUUGGAAGAGCAGCUGGAGCAAAGACAAUCUACUCACCCGCGCCUUGCCCGAGCAGGGAAGACUUCGAGACGUUCUCUGAACAGAUCGACUUUCUCAUCGCGAAUCAGACAGAAGCUCUGGAACUAAGUGGAAAAGAAACUAUUGAAGACGCGGCGACAACUCUACAGGAGAAAUACAAACUCAAAAGUGUAAUUGUCACUCUCGGUGGAGACGGAUUUGCCGUCAAAAGCGAAGGAGAGCUGACAUUGCACCCAGUUGUUGAAAAAGUAGACGUGGUCGACACGACCGGCGCUGGAGACUCAUUCGUUGGCGCCUUUUCUUACUCGCUUACCAAGACGCAGAAAACGACGAUCGAACAUGCCAAAUUUGCGUCUAUGGUUGCUUCCCGCUCUACAACAAGAAAGGGAACUCAGAAAUCGUACUUCUGUCUAUCUGAGCUUGAGUGA